ACUGUAUCACUAGCUCAAGGAGACGGGUGAUCUCCAGACCACAGGCCAAUUGGGUCAAUACGGUUCCGGCGUCCGGUUGUACAAGAGAAGCUGUGCUGUGUCGAGAUUUGCUACUGUGUACAGAUUACUUGCUUUCGGCAAUUUAGUUAUCAUAAAUUCGGUCCCCCAAAAAAAAAAAAACAACACAAAAGUGGGCGUUUGCCUUACUAGUUUGCCAAAAAGCAAAAACCCAAAUCCCGACUGUUCAACUGUGUGAAGAUGAAAAUGAUCCCAUUUUGGAUGGUUACAAUGGCGUACCUUUGGUGUGCCAUUGGUGCCAGUCAUGGAGCGAUACUAACGACUACCUGCAUGCAGUUUGAGGAAGAUUACAACUUCAAAGAGGAUAAGUUCGCCGGAACGUGGUAUGAGGUACGGCGCUUGAACGACCCGUCCGUCCCUCACCACGAGGAUUGUGUGGUGAUGAACUAUCGCAUUGGAGAAAAAGGUAUCUUUAACAUACGCCAAUCGUACCAGAUCGGUGAUGAGAGCGAACCGAUCUAUCGUGGCGGUGUGGCAGAACCGAAAGUCUUACAAAACGCCCGUAUACCGAAGUUUUUGGAGCGUUUUAAUACGACCGAUGCCGCCGAUCCGGACACUUCGAUCGACAUAGUGGCAACGGACUAUAGCAGUUACGCGGUCAUUUACUCUUGCACCUCGAUCAAUUCUACGCAUAAAAUUGAAUCGGCCUGGGUACUAUCGCGCCAACCGGCACUGACAAAGAAUGUGGUCGAACUGGUGAACCUUUUCCUCGAGACACGCUUUACCCGGGCAGAUCAUAAAUGGCGUGCCACGAUACAGACGGCCGAUUACUGCAAACCAACGCUGGUGGAAGAUUUGUCCAGCCACAGUGCGGUUAGCCGUGUCCGGUUUAGCAUCCCGCUUGUCACCUUGUUCGCUGCGUUGCUGGUGAAAGUGUUUUACUAACUAUUUUUAAGUGCCAGAAUAAUCGUUUUUUAAGGAUGCAUGCUACCUCGUCCGACCCUAGUCAUGAACGGGCGUAUGUAUGGUUGUAGUUAGUGUCCAUUAGGUGUAAAAUCCAAGCGGCGUUCGGUUGAACAUUGUGAAGUAAAAAAAAUGCCAUUCAUUGGUAUCAAUCUGUUCAAUGAA